AUGUCUUUCAAUUCAUUCGGAUUGGGUCCAAAUGAUCCUGGCUCUAGGGUCAUCUGGUUCGACUGCCCCAACUGCCAGCGCUGUUAUAAAUACAAAGGAGACCUCAACCGUCACAUAAGAUACGAGUGUCUCACAGAGCCUCAGUUUGCUUGCAGACACUGCACUUACAAGGCAAGAAGAAAAUCAGUACUCAAGAACCAUGUUCUGUUCAAGCAUCGUCAAAUGUUCAGUUUCGCUUGGUUGAAAAGUUGCCUUAUUCAACAGAAAUCAGUAAUCCAGAUCAGCGCACUCUUGUCCCACUCAAGCCAGGAGCUCACAUGUCCAGUGUGUGGCCGAGAGUAUAGACACAGACGAGACCUGAAUCGACAUGUCAGACUGGAAUGUAUAAACGAUCCUUCUUUUGCCUGCAACCUCUGCUCUUACACCUGCAAGCGAAAGACUUGUACUCCGAGCAGCUUGAUGACCGACAACACGGAUGUGAUGUUUGUGGAAGGCUUUACAAACACAAGCGUGAUCUUUGGCGACACAAACGCUACGAGUGUCAGAGAGACCCGCAAUUUUGCUGCCAUCUGUAUUUUUCAGUUUGACUCUUUGUUGGAUGACAAGUUUGCUUGUACAGUAUUUGUAUACUACCUUGAUCCAAUGGGACGUUUUGAAUGUCCAACAUGCAACAAGAGCUACAAGUAUAAACGUGAUCUGGCUCGUCACCGCAGAUACGAAUGUGAUGUAACCCCGCAGUUUGCCUGCUCCGAGUGUAACUUCUCUACAAAGCAGAAGAGCAGUCUUCGACAAAUGUAUCGAGAACUCCCACGUUCUCCUCUCAUGUGUAAGACGUGCGGAAAAGUUUACAAGUACCAACGUGGUCUGACUCGUCACGAGAGGUACGAAUGCGGGGACAAGAAGCUGUUUGCCUGCAACUACUGCCCUUACAGAGCCAACCAGAAGGAGACGCUGAAAAUGCACAAGUUUACAAAACAUAAAGACUUUUUGUAG